AUGACCCUUUUGUAUUUAUUACCUAAACGAUUCUACAGCUCCAACAAGCAAACCUCUCCUGUAGCUCAAUUAGAUCAACUAGCAAAGUUAUGCGCCAGUGUGAAUGGCGUGCAAAGUACACUGAAGAAGAGCGCCAUCGUCAAAGAGUCGCCAGCAUGCCAUUCCACUUUGAAGCGCAUCUACGAUCCACACUUGCGCUUCCACCUCUCCAAGAAUUCAGCACUAAAAUAUCUAAAGUCGCAUGCCAUUGAAGCUGUAUCCACAUAUGACGAUUUGAACACACUGUUGGACGACUUGGCAGCACGCACACUGAGAGGAAACGCUGCUUGUGAAGCAGUGGGAGCCUUUUAUCAGACGCAUUGCCUGACAGAGGAGCACAAGGACAUCUUUUGGCGCAUCCUGGACAAGAACUUGAAAAUGGGCGUUUCUUUCAAGACCAUCCGCCAUGUGCUGCCCAUGGAGAGCAUGAGUGUUGCAUUAGCAGCAUCCUAUGUGCCUCAUCUUGAUGUGACAGAGGGUUGGUAUGUCUCUCAGAAACUAGACGGUAUUCGAUGCAUUGCUAUGAUACGAAAGAGCAAGGGCGGUUGCCAGCACGACAUUCAGUUUUAUUCCCGUACAGGAAGGCCAUUUCAAUCAUUACAAAAAGUAAAGAACGACAUACAGAAACGACUGCAUAAAUUAGCCCUCCACGAUGAAUUCGUGCUAGAUGGAGAAAUAUGCGCUUACACCAGUGAUGAUUUGAAGAACGAAGAUUUCUUGAAGGCAAUGGGACAGGUGCGACGGUUUGAGGAAAUGGAGAACCCAGUCUAUCAAGUGUUUGAUCGGAUUCAACUAGAUCAUUUUCUGCAAGCAAAAGGAGAUGAGCUGUUUAGUGAGCGUCAACAGGCAUUGGAGUCAUUUAUAGGCACAAUACCACUCCCCCAUCUCAAAAGAGUAGUGCAAACAAAACUGUCAGAUUCGAAUCAGUUGGACCGGCUCAAGAAGGAAGCCAUAGAGAAAGGCUGGGAGGGAUUGAUGCUGAGAAAAGACGUCGGCUAUGAAGGAAAGCGAACGAAAAACUUGGUCAAGCUCAAGGAAUGGGAGGAUGCUGAAUACACUGUGAAAAACAUAGAAACUGGAUACAUGCGAAUGGCAGACACAGGUGAGACCAAGCUUGUGGUCACCAAUGUCAACAUUGAGCACAAAGGAUACCCUGUCAGUGUUGGGUCUGGAUUCUCCAUGCAAAGCCGCAUAGAUUACGCUCAACAUCCAGAGAGGAUCAUUGGCAAGACAAUUACCGUUCGCUACUUUACAGAAUCCAAAAAGGAGAAUGGAUCCAUCUCAUUGCGCUUUCCAACUGUCAAAGCAGUCUAUGAGGAUGGAUCAAGGGACAUGUGA